AUGGCCACGCCCCUUCCCCUGAGCCCCCGCCUUAGGAGUCGGGAACCUCUGGCUUCCUGGACCUUCCCCCUCACGGCCCCGCCCAUCCCUCCCCUGAACCACGGCCAAGCCUCUAUGUCCCUUGACUCCGCCCCAGAAAACAGGUCCCUCGUGCUUCCUGGGCCUCGCCCAGCAAUUCCUUGCCCGGGCCCCGCCCCCGUCUCCUGGCUCCGCCCCUGGGGGGCGGAGACCUCGUGCACCCAGCUCUUCCUAACCCUGGCCCCGCCCUUGUCUCGUGGCCCCGCCCCAGGGGGCGGAGACCUCGUGCUUCCUGGGUCCCCGCGGCCCCGCCCACUCUCGCCUCACUCCCGGCACCGCGGCGCUGAGGAGAACGCGCCCCGACGUCGGGGAAGCCUGCGGGGAGGUUGUGAGAUGCACGCGGAGGCCCCGGCCCCGGCCCCGGCCCCGGCCCCGUGCGCCCCCGGGCCCCCCGAGGCCCCGCGCCCCGAGCCGCGCCCGCCCGGCCGGCUGCUGCGGGCGCUGCGGGGCCCGGCGCGCCUGCUGCUGUGCGCGGCGCCGCUGUACCUGGCCGGGUACCUGCGGCUCGGCGUCACCUGGCUGGCGCUCGGCGCGCUGCUGUGGACCUGGUGGCGCCGGAACCGCCGCGCCAAGCGGGGCCGCCUGGAGGCCGCCUUCGCCCUGCUGGAGCGCGAGCGCCGGCUGCUCGGCGGCGGGGCGCGGGACGAGCUCCCGCCGGACGGGAUCCGCUUCCCAGACGUGGAGCCAGUCGAGUGGGCCAACAAGAUCAUCGUGCAGAUCUGGCCCUACCUGAGCAUGAUCAUGGAGAGCAAGAUCCGGGAGAAACUUGAACCCAAGAUCCGGGGCAAGAGCGCUCACCUGCGGACCUUCACCUUCACCAAGCUCUACUUCGGACAGAAGUGCCCGCGUGUGAACGGCGUGCAGGUCCACACGGACAUGUGCGAGCGCAGGCGGGUGACGCUGGACCUGAAGAUCAGCUACAUUGGGGACUGCGAGAUAAGCGCUGAGCUGCAGAAGCUGCGGGCCGGUGUGAACGGGAUCCAGCUGCAGGGCACGCUGCGGGUCAUCCUGGAGCCGCUGCUGGUGGACAAGCCCUUCGUGGGCGCCGUGACCGUGUGCUUCCUGCAGAAGCCGCACCUGCAGAUCAACUGGACGGGGCUGACCAACCUGCUGGACGCGCCCGGGAUCGACGCGCUGACGGACGGGCUGCUGGAGGAGCUGCUGGCCGCGCACCUGGUGCUGCCCAACCGCGUGACGGUGCCCGUGAAGCGCGGGCUGGACGUGAGCGGCCUCCGCUUCCCGCUGCCCCGCGGCGUCCUCCGGGUGCACCUGCUGGAGGCGGCGGGGCUGGCGCAGAAGGACAACUUCCUGGGGCUGGGCGGCAAGUCCGACCCCUACGCCAGGGUCAGCGUGGGCCUGCAGCACUUCCGGAGCAGGACGGUCUACCGGAACCUGAGCCCCGUCUGGAACGAGGUGUUCGAGUUCCUGGUGUACGAAGUGCCCGGGCAGGACCUGGAGGUGGACCUGUACGACGAGGACACGGACGCGGACGACUUCCUGGGCAGCCUGCAGAUCUGCGUGGGGCGCGUGCGCAGCAGCCGCGUGGUGGACGAGUGGUUCCCCCUGGACGACGUCCCCUGCGGGCGGCUGCACCUGCGGCUGGAGUGGCUGGCGCUGCUGGCGGAGCCGGGCGCGGCGGGGGACGGCGACGGCGACACCGCCGUGCUCCUGGUGUUCCUCGAGGGCGCCUGCCACCUGCCGGCGAGCCCCUUCGACUUCCUCGACGCCGAGUACCGCGCCAAGAAGCUGUCCCGGUUUGCCAAGAACAGAGCGAGCGCCGCCCCCUCCUCCUACGUCACGCUGUCCGUGGGCACGACGACCUGCACGAGCAAGACGUGCCCGCACAGCAGGGACCCCGUGUGGAGCCAGGCUUUCUCCUUCCUCGUGCGCCGGGCGUCCGCUCAGUGCCUCCGUCUCCAGGUGUUGGACGCCGCGCGGGACGCCGCGCUGCUGGGCGCGCUGGAGCUGCCCCUGCGCCGCGUCCUGGCCUGCGCCGACCUCGCGCUGCAGCGCCGCUUCCCGCUCGAGCGCUCGGGCCUGCGCAGCCUCGUCAGCAUGCGGCUGGUGCUGCGGUUCCUGCGCCCCGAGCCCCGGGAGCCGUGGAGCCCGCGCGAGGGGCCCGACGCCCCGGAGGAGGCGGCCGCCGCCCCGCGCCCCGCAGCAGAGCACGCGGAUGCGCUGUGCCCCCCGCGCCCCGCCGCCGGGACCCCCCCGCACCCCGGCCCCGCCGCCGAUGGGACGUCCCCUCGGUCCAGUCCUGUCGCCAAGGGGAGCCCCCCGCACCCCGGCCCCGCCGCCAAGGGGAGCCCCCCGCACCCCGGCCCCGCCUGCGCGCCCGCGGGGAGGAAGGGCGCGGGCCUCGUCCUCCUGGCCGUGCCCGGCCCGCACUCCCCGGGGCCCAUCAAGUCCCCCAGGCCCGAGGCCCGCGCCCCGCCCUGGCCGGGCCCCCUCGCGUCCUCGCUCGGCUCCUCGCUCGGCUCCCUCGCCUCCUCCCUGGCCUCGUCCCGCUUCGACCUGCCCGACGGCCGCCCGCAGGCUGACGCCGGGGGCCGGCGGCGGCUCGGCGAGGUGCAACUGACCGUGCGCUACGUGUGUCUGCGGCGCUGCCUCCGCGUGCUCGUGGGCCGCUGCAGGGACCUGACGCCGAGCCGCAGCGGCGGCCUCGCCGACCCCUACGUCCGCGUCUACCUGCUGCCCGACACCGGCUGGGCCGGCCGUCGGUGCACGGCCGUGAGGCCCCGCACGCUCGAGCCCGUGUUCGACCAGACGUUCGAGUUUCCUCUGCCCCUGGAGGAGGCGCAGCUGCGGUCGCUGGACGUGGCGGUGAAGAGCCGCCGGCCGCCGGGCUCGCGCCGCCGGAAGGAGCUGGGGAAGGUGCUGGUGGAGCUGCAGGAGGAAGACCUCAUCAGGGGCUUCUCCCGGUGGUACGAGCUGACGCCGGACGGACGCCCCGGGGGCUGA